UGGGCUGCGUGCGUGUGUACUUAUGUGCGUGUUUAAGUCACUGCCUGGCUGCUUGUCUGCGUGCCAGCUAGGUGCUUGCUGCGUCCAGGCCUGCGUGGUGCUGUGUUGGGGGCCUGCUGCCGCUUCCCGGCCUGCUGCAUGCUGCUGCGUCAGGGCCCGGUGCUGAGUUUGGGCGUGCGUCCUGCUGUGCUCCAGAGUGCUGCUUAGGUGAAGAAGCAGAGACACGUGGAAGAGUGUUUAUUCCUCAGGCCGCUAAGCAGCUGCAGAGGCUGGAGGUCCGAGAUCGAGGUGUCGGCCGAGUUUGCUGCUUCUGAGGACUGAGAGAGAAUCUGCCCAUCUCGGUCCCCAGGGUUCUGGUGGUCUGCAGGCAAGCUUUGGCAUCCCUUGGCUUGUAGAUCUCGGCCUUCAUCUUCACAAGGCCACGUGAGGCCCACGGAUCUCCGGGGAGAUGAAGUUCUGCUGCCUGUCCUUCCGGCAGCCUUAUGCAGGUUUUGUCUUAAAUGGGGUCAAGACUCUGGAGACUCGUUGGCGUCCUUUGCUGAGCAGCCACCGGCACUGUACCAUCGCCGUCCACAUUGCUCACAGGGACUGGGAAGAUGCCGCCUGGAGGGAACUGCUGCUGCAGAGGCUGGGGAGGAGCCCUGCUCAGAUUCAGGCCUUGCUCCGGGAAGGGGAGAAGUAUGGCCGUGGCGUGAUAGCUGGGCUCGUUGACAUUGGGGAAACUUUGCAGUGCCCGGAAAACUUAGCUCCUGAUGAGCUUGUGGAGCUGGAAAAUCAAGCUGUACUGACCAACCUGAAGCAGAAGUACCUGACUGCACUUUCAAACCCCAGGUGGUUACUGGAGCCCAUACCCAGGACAGGUGGGAAGGAUAUCUUCCAGGUGGACAUCCCAGAGUACCUGAUCCCCUCGGGGCAAGAGGACUCCUCACAGGAAGGUUACCGAGAAACCAGCUGACUCCUGACUAUGGGGACGCCAUCAUGCCGCGGACGCAAAAAUCAGGCUCAGUCUGAAGCGGCAGCACAGUGGAGAGGGCUGCCCGCCACCUGCUGCUCAUGUAGACAGCCUUCUGUGCUCAGAUGCAGCGGCUUUUCCUCGGGAGAUGCCUCUCUGGGCUCACUGACACUCUCAAGGGCUUUGACCUUCAGGAAAAAAGGAAAGUGUCCCCUGAAUAUCUUGGUGAUGUUACUCAUUUAGGUCCCGCUCAUUCCUGGGUUGUACAGACAAAUAUGUUUUAAGAGAACGGGUUAGUGUUCGGGGCUCCCUUACAUGUUUUCUCCUCUCUCUUCGUUCUGGUCAAACUCAGAGAACGCUUUAGCAGCAGGCAGGGGAUGUUGUGGGAGGGCUGGGAGUGGCCGCUGAAUGGUUACCCGAGGGUGACCGGCCAGGGACGGCCUCGUGCACCAUGAAGGGGACGUCAGACUUUGAAACACAGCACCUGCCUGUCCUGGCAAGUGAUGCUUGCUCUGUUGUAAAAGUGUCCCUUGGCUCAUGAAGCCGUGUGUUAGACAUGUCACACAGCUACUUUGUGACCAAAGAAAGGAUCUGAAAUCCAGCUCUGAUGGAAAA